AUGAACUUGGAAAAAUCUUUUCUGCAAGACGAAGUUAUUUUUCGUGGUGUCAAUAUGAAGUAUUUCCAAGAACAAUAUAAAGAUUUAAUUUUUUUAAUAACUAAUGUUAAAAAUUUUACUGUUAAACAUGAUGAUGGAUUAGAUGAAUUAUCAAAGGCAAACCUGGAUAUGAAUUUAUUUAUUUCGGUAUUACCACUGGUGUUUAAUUUACCAUGGACUUCUAAUGUUAUUUUAAUUAUUGGUGCUAUACUUACAAGAUUAACAAUAAAUGAAUCAUCGGUGACGAUCGCAAUUGAUUCUUUUCGUAUAAGUGAAUCUAUGAGUGUUUCACUUAUAGGCAUUUAG